AUGCCGGUCCGGAGGGGCCAUGUGGCUCCGCAGAACACCUUCCUGGACACCAUCAUCAGGAAAUUCGACAGUCAAAGUCGCAACUUCGUCAUAGCCAACGCAAGAGUGGAAAACUGCGCCAUCAUCUACUGCAAUGAUGGCUUCUGCCACAUGUGUGGCUACUCACGUGCUGAGAUCAUGCAGAAGCCGUGCACGUGUAACUUCCUGUACGGACCCGACACCAAGCGGCUGGCCAUUGCCCAGAUGGCGCAGGCCCUUCUUGGGUCGGAGGAGAGGAAAGUGGAGAUCAACCUUUACCGCAAAGAUGGUCACUGCUUCCUGUGUAUGGUGGAUGUGGUGCCAGUGAAGAACGAGGAUGGCGUGGUGAUCAUGUUCAUCCUCAACUUCGAGGUCAUGUCAGAGGAGACUUUCCCAGACCAGAAAGAGGAGCUCAACCACCGCCUGCCCACCUGGCUCGUCACCGGUCGUCCACGAGGUUUCAAGCUGCGCCUCCCGCUGCUGCGCUCCUUGUCCAACAGUAAAGCGUCUCUAAACGACGCGGAGGCUGGUGACAUCCCCACUGCCACGCCCCUGCCGCUGCACCCAGACCACCACAGUCACGAGUCCCUAUGCCUGGGGGAGUUCCUGCCCCUUCCCACUUUACCACCAGACCACCAGGAGCCAAUCAGUGGAAGCAGGUCAGCUCUCCAGAGUUGGCCAGAAGACCGCCAGGAGGACCAGCGCACCUUACUGAGCUGUGACCCUCCUGUACCUCCUCCUCCUGCUCCUCCUCCUCCACAUAGAACCCAGCUGGUGGGUCCCCUCACCCAGUCAUCACCCUGCGUAGCACCUCACCACCGCCUCAGCCUCAACCCGGACGGCUCGGGCUCCAACUGCUCCCUGUCGCACAGCCGCUCGCGUGAGAGCUUCCACAGCAUGCGUCGCGCCUCCUCCGUCGAUGAGAUCGAGGCCAUGAGGCCCGACUGGGACCGAAAGAACCGGAGAGCAAGUGUCCGGCCGGGCAGCACUGGUGCAGUAAACAGUAAGUCCAACAUAUUGAACUCCACGUCGGACUCAGACCUCAUGCGGUACCGCACCAUUUCCAAAAUCCCUCAGAUUACCCUCAACUUUGUGGAUUUCAAACCUGACCCACUCAUCGCCCUGCCCACCGGGGAGAUGGACAUCAUCGCUCCCUGCAAACUCAUCGACCGAACCCACAACGUCACAGAGAAAGUCACACAGGUGCUGUCUCUGGGUGCAGACGUGUUGCCAGAGUACAAGCUCCAGGCUCCUCGCAUCCACAAGUGGACGGUGUUACACUACAGCCCCUUCAAGGCGGUGUGGGACUGGCUCAUCCUGCUGCUGGUCAUCUACACCGCCAUCCUGACACCCUACUCAGCCGCAUUCCUCCUCAACGACCAGGAAGAGGUAGCCAUGCAGAGUUGUAUUUACUCCUGCUCUCCUCUCAAUGUGGUGGACCUCAUAGUGGAUAUCAUGUUCAUUAUUGACAUCCUCAUCAACUUCAGGACAACAUAUGUGAACUCUAAUGAUGAGGUGGUGAGCCACCCAGUGCGCAUCGCCGUCCACUACUUCAAAGGCUGGUUCCUCAUCGACAUGGUGGCUGCUAUUCCCUUUGACCUGCUCAUCUACCGCAACGGAGAGGAGACCACCACUCUGAUCGGUCUGCUGAAAACCGCUCGUCUCUUGCGAUUGGUGCGUGUAGCCAGGAAGCUGGACCGCUACUCAGAGUACGGCGCAGCUGUCCUCUUCCUCCUCAUGUGCACCUUUGCCCUCAUCGCUCACUGGCUGGCCUGCAUCUGGUAUGCCAUCGGUAGCGUGGAGAGGAAUGGUUCUAUUGGCUGGCUCCACACGCUGGGGGACCAACUGGGAAAACACUACAAUGACUCUGUCCAAGGUUCAGGACCCUCAAUCAAAGACAAGUACGUCACAGCUCUGUACUUCACCUUCAGCAGUCUGACCAGUGUGGGAUUUGGAAAUGUGUCCCCAAACACCAACUCUGAGAAGAUCUUCUCCAUCUGUGUCAUGCUCAUAGGAUCCCUGAUGUACGCCAGCAUCUUCGGGAACGUUUCAGCCAUCAUCCAGCGGCUGUACUCUGGGACGGCCCGCUACCACACCCAGAUGCUGAGAGUCAGGGAGUUCAUCCGCUUCCACCAGAUCCCCAACCCGCUCAGGCAGAGGCUGGAGGAGUACUUCCAACACGCCUGGUCCUACACCAAUGGUAUCGACAUGAAUGCUGAUGAUUGGAAGACUUUGUCUCAGCAUGCAUGGUCCGACACCCUCAGAGAAAAUAGGAAAGAUGUGCUGAAAGGUUUCCCGGAGUGUCUCCAGGCGGAUAUCUGCCUCCAUCUGAACCGGACGUUGCUGCAGAACUGUAAGGCUUUUAAAGGCUCCACCAAGGGCUGCCUCCGGGCGUUGGCCAUGAAGUUCAAGACCACCCACGCACCCCCUGGUGACACGCUGGUCCACGCUGGGGACGUCCUCACGGCCCUCUACUUCAUAUCCAGAGGAUCCAUAGAGAUACUGAGAGGAGACGUGGUGGUGGCCAUCUUAGGGAAGAAUGACAUCUUCGGCGAGCCUAUCAACCUGUACUCCCGACCAGGUAAAUCCAACGCCGAUGUGAGGGCUCUAACCUACUGCGACCUCCAUAAGAUCUUCAGAGAGGAUGUUCUAGAGGUGCUGGACAUGUAUCCUGAGUUUGCGGACAACUUCUGGAACAACUUGGAAAUUACCUUCAACCUGCGAGACACCAACAUGAUCCCAGGCUCUCCAAGCAGCGAUGACUCCAACUGUGGAGGAUUCAACAAAUUGCGCAGACGCAAGUUAUCAUUCCGGAGACGUACAGAAAAAGAUGAUGCAGAUGCUGGAGAAAUUAAAAAGUCCCAUAAGUCUGUGAGACGGAGACAGAGGGAAGCAGCCAACAACCAGAAGCAGGAGGAGGCACAGAAGCGUCAGUGGGAGGCACAUCGAAGCUCUGUGUCUUCACACUCCAGUGGCGAUGAGGGGGAGGAGUCAGUUGUGACGAGACUCGCCCCUCCACCAGCAAUGCUGGAGAAUCCGCAAGCUCAGACGCCACCCAGGAACUUCAAUGAGAGCACAGAGGGCGAUGGAGACCCCAAAACUGGGAACACCUGCAACGCCCUGUCAGGUGCAUUCUCCGGCGUGUCCAACAUCUUUAGUUUCUGGGGGGAGAGUCGGGGGGGCGGUCAGUACCAGGAAGUUCCCAGCUGCAGCCUGGCCUCCCCCCCUCCCCUCAACACGCCGCUGCACAGCCUGAGCCGACAGCAACGCAACCAGCUGGACACACGCCUGGACCUGCUCCAGAAGCAGCUCAACAGGUUGGAGAGUCGCAUGUCAACGGACAUCGGAGCAAUCAUGCAGCUGCUGCAGAGACAGAUGGCCCUGGUUCCUCCUGCCUACAGCGCCGUGUCAUCACCACCUCAGGCCUCACCGUACCCUGGUCCUGGGCCAGGACCAGGUCCAGGUCCUGGAGAGAGAGUGAUCCAGCCUCUUACACCUCUGGAGACCGACACCCUGGCAUCUCUAUCACAGAUCUUGGAUUCCCAGGACUUGGAGGAGUUCCCAGCCAAGCCUCUUGACUCCCUGCAGCCCCAGGACUCCCCACUGAUUGACACCAGCCAGGCCCAACUUGCCCCCUCUGGACUGGACCCGCUGGGGCAGCAUCUGGAGCUGGAGCUGGGACUUGGGACUGGGGCUGGGGUGAUUUCAGGGCCAGCAGUAGGUUCAGGGUUAGGUUUGGAUUUAAGGAGCGGGGCAGCAGUGGGGUCAAGCUUAGGAGCAGGGUUAGACUUUGGAUCAGGGGUGUGUGUGGGGCCUGGGGCUGGGCCAGCUGCUGGAACAGAGGUAUCUAACCUGGAUCCUGAAACCCAAAGGAGGCUGUCCCUCCAGGAACCACAGACACCUCUGGACUCACGGACACCACAGAGACACGGCUCCGACCCAGGGGGGAGCUAAGGAAGAGGUGAAGGGGGGAGGAGAGUGGGAUGGAAGGACGGAUUCAG